CCUCAAUCGAACGUCUGCCAAAAAAAAUGGUAGGUCGUACGUCCAGGGUCAAUGGGCUGAUAAACACCAGGAUACAAACGAUACAGAUUGAUUCCUUAUCUUGUCCUAUCAUAGAUCUGACUGUUUCUCCAAUGUGGCUGACCUGAUAUCAAGCCAGGUGGAGCAGGCUCGCCAUACAUAUACUGGCGCAAACUUGAUCGCCCAAGUCGUCUCCAUUAUAAUUCUCUUUUGGCAAAAUCUCAGUAGCCAAAUGGGCAUUAUGGGCAAGAAACGUGUCUUGGUCGCCUACGGAGUGGAUAUUGAUGCUGUCGCGGGUUGGCUGGGGUCCUACGGUGGUGAGGACAGCUCGAACGAUAUCAGUCGAGGACUCUGGGCGGGUCAUGUGGGAACCCCGCGUCUCUUGAAGCUCUUCGAGAAAUAUAACAUCAAAACCACAUGGUUCAUCCCGGGCCACUCCCUGGAGACCUUCCCUGAAGAAUGCGCCCAAGUGAGAGACGCAGGCCACGAGAUCGGCUUACACGGCUACAGCCAUGAGAAUCCCAGCGACAUGACCCCCGAGCAGCAAAAGGACGUUUUGGACAAGACGUACCGCAUGCUGACCGACUUCUGCGGCAAACCGCCCCGAGGCAUCGUGGCGCCCUGGUGGGAGACGAGCAAGGAGAUGGCGGAUCUCCUGCUUGCGUACGGGAUCGAAUACGACCACUCCAUGUCCCAUCAUGACUGCCAGAUGUACUGGCUUCGGACAGGGGACACUUGGACCAAGAUCGACUAUAGCCAGAAGGCGGUGACAUGGAUGAAGCCGCUGGUCCGCGGCCAGGAUACUGGGCUCGUGGAAAUCCCAGGAAAUUGGUACAUUGAUGACUUGCCCCCCAUGAUGUUCAUCAAGAACGCGCCCAACAGUCAUGGUUGGGUGAAUCCGAGGGACAUCGAGGAUAUUUGGAAGGACCAUUUUGACUACUUCUACCGCGAGUAUGACAGCUUUGUCUUCCCGAUGACGAUCCACCCCGAUGUUUCAGGACGGCCCCAUGUCCUUCUCAUGCAUGAGAGGAUCAUCGAGCAUAUCAACAAACACGAGGGUGUGGAAUGGGUGACGUUUGAGCAAAUGUGCGAUGACUUUAAGAAAAACAACAGGCCACCUGAGGGUGCCAAAAUGCCGGUUACACCGGUUCUGGGGUAGAGCUGGUAUCCGGCCGGAGCUACUUGAUGCUCGUAGUCCUCUAGGGGAUCCGCAAUAAGCUGGCGUAUCCGUAAGUCACCAGUCUGGGUUGAGAACUGCUAGUGUAUUCAGCACUCGGUGCUUAAUUGACGCAUAUCAAAAUCUAAUUGGAUUCAAAUUGUGGAAAAAUAGAAUGCCAUGUGAAGAUUCUUGUGGAUGCAUAAUUUCAAACGCGCCAGUUCAGCUCGUUGCAAUAAAGAAAGGAGUUC